AUGCCCACUGCGCAUGGCUGUGAAAUCGAAAGACAGGCGCGAUGGGCCAUUGGUCCAGUCUUCCGUGGCUCCAUAAUGCCUCGCGAAGUCAACAUUCUGUCGCCCGCCGCUGCGGAGGUCUUCCGGCGCAAACGUGAGGCUAGGCUUGGGUUUGCUCUGGAGAAUCUUCUGGACGGAUCUAUUGAGAAUGAUACCUGGAAUGCUGCCGAUGAACAGAUGCGGGCUGUUGGAGGGCUACUUUUGACCCAUGAAGAUGAUGGCCCGUUCUUAUUGAGGCUGAAUCCGAGCUAUACUGAUUUCAUGAUUGUCGGAAACCUUCAAUCGGCCUGUGUGGUUGAUGAAGGUGUUUUUCAGAGAUUGAUGCAAUACCCUGGAUAUGGAAAUAUAUAUGAGGCAUGUUUGCCUUUCAUGGUGAAGCUGGAUUAG